CAGCAGAUCAAACAGUGAAACACACACACACACACACACACACACGCACACAAACACACAGGUGUGUUAUACAGGUGCGGAUUGAGGGUACAGAGAGAGAGAGCAUGUAUAAUACGACACGUCAUAAGGAAUCAGUGUACACGUCAAGUGUGUACAUUCCGCGCCACGAAUCUCUCGACAGCAGUCAGUCGUCUCCACACUCGAGGAGGUUCAACAUAUUCCAACGGCAGACAGAAUCAUCUCAACUUGUUUCAGAUGAGGUUGCUGCAGAAGGUGUUGUACGUGCUGGCUCUGCUGAUCAUGACAGUCCAACUACGCACCUGGUUACAACACAAGUCACUCCCUGCUCCACUCGUCAGUCAGGCAAUCACUGGAGACCCUGAGUUUGCCAUCGUAGUCUGCCGCAGUGAGAAUGACAAGCCAAACAAAGCACAUGAUUUCCAGAGACAGCUUAGUCAAAUCUCUGUUCUCCUGAAGUCUGCCGCUACGCUUACCUCUCAAAAUCUGACAUUUAACAUCGUGGCUGAUUCCUACGCAACUUAUGAGACGGUCGCGAACCUCACCGCAAGCUGGCCCGCCGCCUACAGACAACGCAUAGCGUUCAGCAAGUACAAGCAAGUGUUCUACCCGCCCGGUACGGAGAAGAUGAAGAAUUUAUUUAGGCCCUGCGCCACAGGAAAGCUGUUUCUGGCACAGACCCUCGAAGACAAGGACGCUGUUGUAUUCCUGGACACGGAUACGCUCUUUCUCAAGCCCCCGGAGAUGCUGUGGCGCACAUUGUACGACUUCAAUCCCUACCAGGUCAUUGGCAUCGCGCCCUGCCUCUAUUACUACGGCCGGCAUUUCAAAAUUUUCCCCACGUAUGGGUCAAGUGGCCUCAACUCUGGGGUCCUCGUGAUGAACCUCACCAGGGUUCGGGGCUACGAAGGCGGCUGGACGGAGAACAUUAUGCGCAUUGUGGACAAAUACAAGAGAAAACUGACGCUCCCAGACCAGGAUAUUCUCAACAUUCUCUUCAGUAAUAAGACCACAGCACAGCAACUGUACCAGCUCGGGUGCGAGUGGAACUAUCGACCUAAGCUGUGCUCCCAUGGCUACAACAAGUGCAGUCGUGCCAAACAGCUCGGGGUGGGUUUACUGCACGGCGCUGCUGUCACAUUCAUCUACAGCAUAGAAAGGAAAUUUAAGGAGACGGCGUGCUAAGUCACCGGGGUUGGGUGCACUAGUGAAGAUCCAUUCAGCAGUAAGUCGGGAGGUGAAGUCCAGAAGCUGAAGUGCGGCAGGGAGACAACAGCGGUAGCAGAUGGAGGUAUGGAGAGAAGCAGCAGGAGCCCAGGCUGGCUGCUUUUCCGGUGAGACGAGGAACCAGCUUGAAGAGAGACGAGGUGUUCACCAAGGGACGGUGUGCUGGUGUCUGUCCUGGUUUCAAAACACGGAUCCAAUCGUAGCCUCGGAAAGGGAGGAGCCAAGGCCAGUAGCAAAGCCUCAUGGUACCGAAGCCUCAUGGUACCGGAGAUCCAAAACUUAACAAGAACCGGACUGGGGGGGAUAACGAAGCCGGCAGAGCGUAUAGUAACUACCAAGGCAAGGUAGUUUAGGAAGGGAGGAAGAACUGGCACGACCUAUCUCCCUCAGAAUCACUUUUAAGACAUUUUUUUGUUUUCAACUACAAAAAUAUCACGUAAGAUAUGCUUUUAUUUCAUGCAAAACAAUAAAGAUAAAAAUGAAUACUAGAAUUUACAUCUCCAGAAUUAUGGCUCCUCCUUCUUUUACAUUCGCAAAGAGUGAUUAUAAUGAAAAAAUAACAUGUAUCCGAGUUAAUGCAGCAAAUUUUAAUUCACUUUGUUUUAUCAUUUACAUUUUUUUAAUCACAGACAAUGCAUAGAACAAGU